CACGCUGCAACAUCUAUGUAAGGAGUUAAAGUAACAAUUGGGUGAUCAGCUGACGCGGCGUCUUUGUUCUUUUGGAAUCCUGAUACAUUCGGACAAUGGAAGAGGGAAUUCUCGCUACAUUGAAGAUUCUGAUCAUUGGGGAGAGUGGGGUGGGCAAGUCCAGCCUUCUACUAAGGUUCACAGAUGACACAUUUGACUCUGAAAUUGGCUCAACCAUUGGGGUUGACUUUAAAGUGAAAACCAUGAAGUUUAAUGACAACAGUAUUAAGCUUGCAAUCUGGGACACGGCUGGACAGGAGCGAUUCCGGACAUUAACACCAAGUUAUUACAGAGGUGCUCAAGGUGUUAUUUUGGUAUAUGAUGUCACGAGGAGAGAAACCUUUGGAAAGCUCGAUAAUUGGUUGAAUGAAUUGGAAACCUUCAGCACAAAGCAUGGAAUUGUAAAGAUGCUUGUUGGCAACAAGAUUGAUAAGCAAAACCGUGAGGUUGACCGGAAUGAAGGGCUGAGGUUUGCCAGAAAACAUUCAAUGCUUUUUAUCGAGGCCAGUGCUAAGACCUGUGAUGGAGUGAACUGUGCAUUUGAAGAAGUGGUAGAAAAAAUUCUACAAACACCAGGACUAUGGCAGGCUGAGGGACACAAUAAAAACGUGAAAUUAUCUGAAAGCACAUCCAGUCAGGGUGGAGCAUGUAGUAGUUUCUGCUCCCUGUUGUAAAUGAACUGGGACUGUCUCACUACGUAAUACUGUUACUAUGUCAACAGUAGUGACUCUUGGUCUACAAAGGCGGGAAGCUGCUGUGAUCUUGGACCUCUGACAAUGAAAGCAAUAUGAGAUAAGACAGCUUAUUGCCUUAAUGAGGUCUUUUUUUUUGCAUACUUCUCUUGACAGAUUGACAUGUAUUCUACUUUUUAAUUUGGUUUCUCUGUCUUUACAUAUGUUAUUUUAACUUAACAGCAGAAAUUAUGGAAGUGGAAUUCCUAUUGAUCUGACUCAUUGCUUUAAUGCAUUUAAAAAUGGAAGCCUGCGGAAUGGUGAAUUGGCUAAGUUAUAGGGACCAAUAUUGUCAAUGGCUCAACGUUCUUUCAGAGAUAUCAAUUUUUAAAAAUGUACUGUUCAUCAGGAGCAGGAUAACAAAGUUUUUAAGCUUCCUCUGUCUUGCCUUUUAUGCUUAAUUUCAGGUGACCCUCGGAUAUGGGAUCUUUUAGUCACUUUUCAUCCUCAGCACACAAAAGAGAAUAAUACAUUCAGAUUUGAUGUGCUGGGAGUUGCUGUGUUGAGGGGGCACAUUUUGAAUUCAAUCGUGGGACCAUUUUCCGUUAUAUUGUUCCUCUGCGUGAAUACCAAGGCACCUCCAAUCUUUUUCUAGCCCUCUGGUACAAAGUUAUCUUGCAGUGCCAUGAGUUAAUAAUUGUAAUUUUAUGUUGUGCAACAACUUGUUGUUAAGACUAAAUAGUAGGGUGGUUUUCCCACCAAUAAAUGUUAGAUUUGAAAGGGCUAUUAUGAAGAGUUGACCUUUUGAAUACAGUGAGUGUUCUGGCUUCAUCGGAUGUAUGCACUCAUUCUGUAUAAGUUUGUUUACAGUAUUUAGUUUACUUUAAAUCACAUUCCUGACUAGGGAGGAUGAAAAUAACACUAUUAUAGUCAAUUGCAAUGUGAUCUUUUCACAUCACCUAUGACUUGUCAGCUCUACCUUGAAUAACCGAAUAUGCAGAGCUCCUAUAUGUAACCUGAUCCGUUUUUAAUCAUUGAGUAAAUUAUGUGUUAAACUGCAUAAUUUCCACACUAAAUGUAACCUAAUUAUUAAUAUUCUUCGACAUGAUGUAUCAUCUGUUUUGUAUGACAUGUGCAGGUUUAAGUGGGAUAACAGUAUUUGCAGAUUUCUUUCUAGAACAGGAAAGAAACUAUAAAAAAAAUUCCAAGAAUACUUAAAAUAAUCAGAUUUAAUAAACAGUGACUGCCUUAA